UCUUCAUAUUGUUCAAUAUUUGAUUUAGCAACUAAUGAACAGGUUGAAAAUAAAAACUCAAUCCAAUCAGAAAUAAAAGAAUCACUCGAAGUUAAGCAAAAAUUCCUCGUAUACGUUUUAUCAUUUAAUUUAACCGUUGAUGAUACCAUGAAUGGUUUUAAGUAA